UUUCUUGCCAACACAAGUCUAUUUGUUUCAUUUCCUCAUUCAAUUUCACCCUCUUUCUCUCGUGCUCUCCAAAGCUUUGUUUUGUAAUAAUUAACUUGUGGAUUUUCCUUAUCUUCCAUUGCUACAUAUCCUUGUAUUUCACUUCAUCCACCUCUCCUUUAAACGCAUAAUAAAUAGCCCUACUUAUCUUCAGUUCAAUGAAAUUUUCAGCUCUCCCUUUGCUUUGAUCACUUUUCAGGCGUUGAAUGCCGGAUACAAGUAUACAGUACUGUCAUCGCUCUUGUUCAUCUUUUGGAGUUGAAAACGAUGGUACGACAAUUUGGAGGGUUUCUGAUAUACUGUUUGAUUUGUGUACUUCUUUCUCCUCAUAUUGCUUUGUCGGAAAUGGAUUAGAUAGUUACCGGUGGAUGUAUUAAACUCUGUCUUUCUCUGUCUUAUAUAUCGUUUUCUAGGAAGAAUGGCUAGGUUGCCUGGUAGUAAUGAGAUUACGAUUACAGAGCCAAUAGAGAAUCCUGAAUCUAAAAUGAAUGAAGAUGCGCAAAUGCAUCAUCACAUGAAGCGUAUGAAAAAGUAUUGUAUUGAAGAUGAUAUUAAUAAACUGUUUGAGGCGAUAGAGAUUAGGAAUUGCAAUAGGGUCCUGAGUAAGUCAAAAAGGGGUGUCAAAGAUGUAAUGAGUAAAAGUGCGAUGAAGAGGCCAAUGAGAUCUAGCUCCUCUCGUGCAUCACGCAUAGGAAUUUCCGAGCCUGUAAGUUUGAAGCAGGCCUUGAGAGGAUUAUGCAUCUCUCAGGCAUCAGAGCUGGCUGCUGUGAAGAAGCAAUCGUCAAAAGCUUCCAAGUUGUCUUCAGUCUCAGAAACGGGGGCUGUCAAUAGACUGUACAGGGCUGUUUUGGUUGAGACUAAUGACCCUAAUCGUCAUGUUGAUGAAGGCGUAGGGAAUUUGAUGCAGAUAUCCCUCGUCCCAGAGAGGAGGAUGUCAGAUUCUUCACAUAAAAGUCCUGAAUCUGAGAAUGUGCCAGUUCAAGAACAAUCUACUUUUGUCACUCAUACAUCCAAUCUGUCCGAAGAUGCAAUGAAACAUAAGGCAAGUACAAUACAAGCAGAAAGUGGGGCUUUUUGUCCGGCAAUUGAUAUUGGUUACGGUUACCUGAAAGAAGUGUCCGGGCAGAAGAAGAUGCUGGAGUUACCACAUUCUUCAACUUCCAGUUGUGCUGAAAAAGCGGAACGAGUACAAGAUCAGGUGGUUCCUGCUGUAGAUGAAGCUCGAACAGCUGCAAUUGUAACGGACAGGGAGCAGGAACGAUAUUCGAAUUUUGUGUCUUGCUCAUCUAUAUUUAGUGCAGGAAAUAAAGUCAUCAAGCCUACUUCUAGCAGCUCAAGUUUGAUGAAACCAGUUUUCAGAAGCAAAAAUUUUUCUAAGAAGAAAGUAUUAUCUGCUUUUGUCAGCAGUUCCAAGCAAUCUAAUGAUGGAAUUGAUAGUGAUUUGGCUUGUAGUACAAGUGAGUUUCCUUGUGAGACACCUGAAUAUGCUCCGAGGAAUAAUCAGAAAGAAGAGGACAAGGAAUCUCCAGAUUCCUGUUGUGUAAGUAGCAUAGAAGUUAGUUCAUCUGCUCUGAAGUCUGGUGUUGCUAAACUAGUUCUGAGCUCAAGGAGUUGUAACAGAGAAAGAAGUAUACUUACAAAAGCUGAUGAAACAUCGGGGUCAAAGGAAAAGGGUCAGAUGUCUCAAAGUUCGAAGAGUAGUAUUGCGGAUUAUAGCAGCACCACAAGCAUUAGCGAUGAAAGCUAUCUCAGUUGGUCUAGUCGCAGUGGUUAUUGCUCUCAUAUGUCAAAAGAUUUAAGAUGGAAAUCUAAUAUUUGUGUUCAGAAGCAGCAUGAAAACAUUGGCUUAAGGCAUUUUAAACUGCUCAGAAAACUUGGAGGUGGGGAUAUUGGGAAUGUUUAUCUUUCUGAGCUAAUGGGCACAAAGUGUCUGUUUGCUGUGAAAGUUAUGGAUAAUGACUUCCUGACCAGCAAGAGGAAGAUGACGAGAGCUCAGACUGAAAAAGAAAUUCUUCAAAUACUCGAUCAUCCGUUUCUUCCUACACUCUAUGCCCAUUUUACUAAUGACAAAUACUCGUGUUUAGUGAUGGAUUACUGUCCAGGUGGUGAUCUGCAUGUACUCCGACAAAAACAACCAAGCAAGAAUUUCCCUGAACAAGCUGCCAGAUUUUAUGUUGCUGAAGUUCUUCUUGCGUUGGAAUACCUUCACCUGCUUGGAGUUGUCUAUCGUGACUUAAAACCCGAGAAUGUAUUGGUCCGAGAAGAUGGUCAUAUCAUGCUCUCUGAUUUUGAUUUGUCUCUAAGAUGCACUGUUAAUCCUACCUUGCUGAAAUCAUCUUCUCCUGUCAUUGAGCCUCCAAAGAAGUCUAGUCCGUGCUCAGUAUCAAGCUGCAUAGAUCCCUUCUGCUUAAAUCCAUUCUGGCAAGUAUCCUGCUUCAGCCCCAGGUUUUUAUCUGCUGCAGCAAAUACGCGUAAGCUAAAGACUGACCUACCUGCACAAGUCUCACCUUUACCGCAGCUUGUUGUAGAGCCAACAAAUGCUCGUUCCAACUCAUUUGUAGGAACGCACGAGUACUUGGCUCCAGAGAUUAUCAAAGGAGAAGGUCAUGGCAGUGCAGUAGAUUGGUGGACCUUCGGAAUCUUUUUGUAUGAGCUUAUAUAUGGAAGGACUCCUUUCAAAGGGCCAAGAAACGAGGAUACACUGGCCAAUGUGGUUUCUCAAUGUCUUAAGUUUCCAGAAAGUCCUACUGUUAGUUCUCUUGCAAGAGAUUUAAUGAGAAGGUUGUUGCAGAAGGAACCUGAGAAGAGAUUAGGAGCUGUGAGAGGGGCAGCAGAAAUAAAGCAUCAUCCAUUAUUUGAGGGACUCAACUGGGCGUUAAUUCGAUGCUCAAAACCUCCAGAAAUACCUCGAUCCUACGACUUGGCAAAUGUCUUCCCUGAUGCAAACCAACAACAUAAGCAGAGCAGCAAGUGUGAAAAUGAGUUAAAAAAUAUAGGUGAGAAUAUUGAGUUUGAGAUGUUUUAGAAACACUAGGUAUGAGAAAGUAUAGGUUUGGUUUUUAAGUUAAACAUGUAUGUCUGAUCUACGUAGCUAAUUGAUAUAGGUCAUAUAGUGUACAUGUUCCACAAAGUGCAACACAUGAAGACAAGGCCGGAGCUAGAGUGCCGGGAGCGGGUUCGACCGGAACACAGUAGCUUUGGUUCGAACCCCGCAUCAAUCUUUAAAAUUUUGUUGAAUUAUGUAUAAAUUAUUAAUUUCGAA